CGCCUUCUGCUGUACUUCCUUAAAACAAGCCACUUCUGCUGCUAAAAAGAUGGACUCGUCAUACCAUCAGGCUGGUUAUCAUCUGAGCCGAUUCACACCAGGAUGAAGCUCUAUUUGAUCCGUCACGCAGAGUGUGGACAUAACGUGGGACAGGCAGCGUACGCGUCUUCUGUUGACCUCAGUAGAAUGGCAGCUGACAGUCCUGGCACAUCGUCGGACUCUGCAGAGGCGAUGAAAAUGGCCACUACCUGACCGAGAACGGUAGGACGCAAGUGCAUCUACUCGCUCGAAGCCUCAGGGAUCGCAUGAUCCGCUUCACUCAUGUUUUCUCGUCAGAUCUGGACCGGGCUUCGGAAACGGCGCAGGGUAUCUGCCAACAACAGCUGGCAAGUGGCGCGUUGUUGGCCCCGAUACAAGUCCCGACUCUUCGCGAGCAACAGUACGGCUCCCUUGAAGGUACACGGUGGCAGUCCGGUGCUCCUGCUUCCAGCAUCAGUUCCCCGGAUGCUUUGCGUGGAGGCGAGCCGACGUACACCGACGAGGAGUCUGUGGUCUCCAUGCGGAGUCGUAUGAACGCAUUUUUACAGGAUCACAUAAUGCCUUUCCUGGUCAAUGCAGAUGUCGCAAACGAGGAGGUCAUUGCUGUUGUUGCUCACGGCGUCAUCCUCCAGGUUCUCUGGGUUUGUCUCGCGGAUUUAUUCAAUCAAAGAGUUAUCCACCUUGGACCUGGUGUCGGACAAGCUGACUUCGGGGACUACGUGCGUCCUGUAUGGUCGAACACCGGUGUGAUGGAACUGGACAUCCGGUCCGCAUCGGUCGUACCACCGUACGUCCGUGAUGCGGCGCGUCCACCUCCGUUCUUGCUUGGUUCUUUGCAGCGGCCCGAGUCAUUCGAGGCCCCGCUGUCUGGAUGGUCCAUGACCGUCAUGGCCGUUGAUGAUACAGCUCAUCUUGACACCACGGCUCAGCAGGUUGAGCGCACGGGAGGGACCGUUCGCAAUACUCUUCAACCAUCUAGGCAGGCGACAACAAAUCAGUUUUAUCGGCUAACCAGCACAGCAUGAUUAAUAUCCAGGUCUCUUGGACGCAGCUUCGUGCUCUCAGCAGGUAAGAUAGUAUUCUCUCAUAUCACGUUCCUCUUUUCCUUGCCUUUUGCCUCCUUCCGUCUUCGGGGUCACUUCCAAUGAUGAAGAAAGAUUUCACACAGACCUGUUCUGAGUAUUUCUAUGCGGAUCAACAAUCGUUCCAACUGCUGUCUGAGAAAGUGACCCUUCCUUUCCUUGCUCCCCUGAAUAGCACGUCGUCCCGGCUUUAAUGUUGAUGGAUUACUUGGGAAAAGAAGACUGACUCAUUAUAGUCUAGAUGAACAUUUCCGCGCAGGCCGCUGCAAUGCUGUACCACUUAUUUCAUGAUGUUAAGGCACUUUAGAC